CUGCAUUCUCCGUUAGAAUUUUUCCGAUAUAUGCACGAGAAACAUUUGCGCGGCGCAAUACGCAUCAGUGAAAUUCACCGACGGCCCUAUCCAUCCACGAAUGUUGAGUUGUUGUUGGUCCGACGGCGGCGAUACGAAUAAAGAUCAGUUUCUAGCGUCAAUUCAAGCGUGUCGCGGUCGUGUGGGACGAGGCGACGAGACAUGAUAGCGGCCAUUUUGCGUUGCUCUGUUGUCAGAUAGCUCGCAAGCGGGCCGCAACCAGCAGUAUACCGGGUGUUGGCGCAGUUCACAAACCCGCCGCAUCGAUAAAAAGCUCUAAUUAACGUUGAUCAAGCAUAGGUCCGAUGGCUACAAUCCGCAAAAAGCUGGUGAUUGUGGGCGACGGCGCGUGCGGUAAGACCUGCCUGCUGAUCGUCUUCAGCAAGGACCAGUUCCCCGAGGUGUACGUGCCCACCGUGUUCGAGAACUACGUCGCCGACAUCGAGGUGGACAGCAAACAAGUCGAGCUAGCGCUAUGGGAUACAGCCGGGCAAGAAGACUACGACCGCCUGCGGCCGUUGUCCUAUCCGGACACCGACGUCAUCCUCAUGUGCUUCUCGGUGGACUCGCCCGACUCCCUCGAGAAUAUUCCAGAGAAGUGGACGCCCGAAGUGAAGCACUUCUGCCCGAACGUGCCGAUUAUUCUCGUUGGGAAUAAGAAGGAUCUGCGUAAUGAUCCGAAUACCAUCAAGGAGCUGUCGAAGAUGAAGCAGGAGCCGGUCAAGCCGCAGGACGGGCGCGCCAUGGCCGAGAAGAUCAACGCGUUCGCAUACCUCGAGUGCUCGGCGAAGAGCAAGGAGGGCGUGCGCGAGGUGUUUGAGACGGCGACGCGCGCCGCCCUGCAGGUGAAGAAGAAGAAGAGGCGCGCGUGCGUCCUCUUCUGAGCACACCACACACCAUACACACAACACACCCGAGCAGUGCUUUUCCAAGCAUAUUUUAUAUAUACAUAUAUAUUAUCUUUAUUUCUCUUUGAAAAGUAAAACUAAAAACACACACAAACACUUACACACACACACAAUUUACCCGAACAACAACAACAAACGUAUGUGGAGCGCAUGCGCGAAUGCAAGUAACUGAAAAAAAAGCAAAACAUUUAAAAAAAUCCAAUCAAUUAUUAUCAAACGCAGAGAAUACGACCACAAGUGUUCCGCAAAGCGCAUUAAAUGUUACACGUAUUUUACAAAGUGCCACAUACUAAUUAUUAGAAAAGAAAAACAAGAAAAAUAUGCGUGCGGUAAAGAUGGUGGAGUCUAGCUAGCUGGGGGUGAGGCGCAUGCGCGUGCGGGGAGCAGUUAUCAUGUUAUAACUCUACACUAUAUAUUUAUAUUAUACAUUUGUAUAUCUGUCCAUUUUGUAAUGAAUGCUGCACAAUGACGCGAGCGUCGUAAAUGUAAAACUACCAAGUGGCUUCAUAUUCAUAUAUUCGUUGUAAUCGUGUUGUCGUGUGUAAUAAUGUACAUAAAUGUUUCCUCAGAUUUAACACUAAACUAAAAAAAACCUUGUGACGCUACAACUGAAACUUCUAAAACAAACUAAAUUAGGCGUAUUUUAAGUAAGAUGAGACACACGCAGAAACUAAAACAAUGACGGUGCUAGCAACGCUCUCCUCCGCUCGCCGCCGCUGCCGCCCCCCAAAACCUCGGGUGUAUUAUGAACAAGAUGAACAAACCCCACGUUACGAUUUUUGCACAAAAAUACCUACAACUCAAAUGUUUUUCAUUGUAUCUGUCAAAUACCCAGCGCCCUCUGUCGGAGACUUCCAAUUUUAAUGUUUAUUAUUUAAGUUCUGACGUUUCUUCGCCUCUUGUUCUUCGUUAUAUAUAUAAAUAUAUUAAUCAUAAGUAUAAAUUAACAAAAGAAAAAUAAUAAAAAAAAUGAGAAAACUAUUUAACGCACGAAGGAAACCGAUCAGUUUGUGUUAACAAUUGCGAUUGAAGAACGAUUAAUUAUCAUUAUGUUAUUAAACUUUGUGUAAAACAUGGCAACAAGAUGAUGGAAAGAGAGAAAUUAAUCUUGAGCAAAAUUGUACAUUAGCAUUAUUACUAACUAAACUUAACUUCUAAGUGUAUCGCGUGUUGCCUAUCAUGAUGAGGAGAAAAACAACCAACCAAAACAUUACUAUAUAACAAACAAAAAAAAUGAUAAAGGGAAAAUAUUCGAUGUAAUAGCUUUAACUUUUCCAAUACGUACACACGGAUCUAACUUGUAACCUUUGGAAGGAAAGGUUUUCAUAUAAUAUUUUUGCCUUUUUAAAAA